GUAUACAUUCCGAUCUCAUAUCCACCUCAUUAUUGAGCGAUUCCAACUUCUUCCAUGUUUAGCCCUGUUAAUGUAUGCAUGGUUUGAAUGGUUUGUAAGGGCCGCGGGGCAAGGGCCAGUCUCUAUGGAACUUCGAAAGACCAUUGUUAUGAUAUACAGUUAGAAUAAACAAUCCUGAAUUAUAAAGUAGGAGAGAUAGACGACGCAAACCCUUUCCUGCUUAAUGCCUAUAUAGGCCUUUUUCGUGCAAGCCAUACAGUACAUCAUUUUCAUUCUACACUACUUCAAUGAAAAUUAAAUACUCCGUCUACUAUUACCUUCUUGACGUUUUGCUCAUUAUUAAAAUGGUUAGAAAGCCAGUUAAGUUGUUUCUGGCCCCCGGAAAUUUGCCCGAAACACAAUGAUAUAGGCGCGUAUAGAGUUGAAUGAAUGCUAAAUUAUUAUGCCUAGAGCUAGAGAUACACAUUAUAUUCGAGAAACGCCUUGUAUCUCUCAUGUUUAUGGAUGUGCGAUUAUCAACAGCAGCAGGUUGGGCGAAUGCGGACAGAGUAUUAUGACCCAUUAUGACUUUGCAAUCGGGACUUCCCUGGUUUUAAAUAGACGAGCAUUUGCGGGCAUUUGCAUUUCUUAGAGGGGUAUUUGUUCUAAAAAUAGACUUAUUGCGCCAUCCCGGAUUUCCCCCUUUCGCUCUUGUUUGGAAUCUUUUACUGCCUGUAUGCCUGCGUGAUGCAGGCGGAUGCAGGACCAGCGCAGGACGGCGCGGUCAAUCAAAGGAGGCCGUACGUACCCGGUACGUACCGUACCGUACGUUCGUGCGUGUACAAGAUCAUGAAAUGUCUGGAUGACCCGAAAAUUUCUCGUGGUUUUGACCGCUGAUAUUUACUCCUUUUUCGUGGAAAUCGUGAGUGACUUUGCCAUAGGAAGCUGCACAAUAUUUUCAAGGUCGCUUUUGUUGUGAGUAUAGACUCAAGAGUCAACCAUUAAUUCAUCUUCAUGGGAUCAUAAUCUAUCGUACCGUAUUCCAAGGACACGGCAGUGUGAUAAGACGCACUCAUUCAAUGAACAAGGUAGACUAGACACUGAUGUUGUGAAUGUGAGUGCAUGGCAUGGGGCAGUAAGAGAAGAGGGUUAUGCCUGUAUAAAUAUUGAGAUCCCCAAGAUAAUGUAGAUUUCAAAUUGGCAAAUGGAGACACCAGAUCCUACAAUGCACUGGCUUCACCUGAGGUUAGAAGAUGUCUCAAAAUAACCCUGCCCUUAGUCAGCACAACACUUUGGCUUCAACGAUUUCAAGUAUUGAAGAAAAGAGACCAUCACUAGAGAUGGUUUCUCAGGACAAACACUUCCAGAAUUUGCAAUCUAAUGAGGGUAAGAACAUGGAGUGUCAGUAUCAGGGAAAAGAAAACUUGGUUGCAGAAGAACAAGCGGAGGAAGGAGAAAUGAGCAUAAGAGGUUCUUUGCUCUCUCAAGAUGUGAGAGCAGAUGGAUGGUGCCAAGAAAGAGAUGUUGGAUCUUUAAGAGGUGACCUUGGACUAGAAUGUCAUGGAGAUGCUGAUGUCAGCAUGAGUGGCAGCUUGCGAUCUGAUAAUUUUGAUAGAAAUGUGGGGACUGCUGCCAUUUGCAAGGAAAGAUACAAAGAAGAACAGGUCCAAAAGAAACUCCAAGACUUGCGUAUAGCUGGUGAAAAGGUUACUAGGGAAGAAGAUCAUAAUCAAGAAAGACAUUGUGAAAGUGUCAAAGGUACAGACACUCAAAAUCUAUCUGUAACGAGUGGACAUAAACUAGAUAAAGCAGUUCUACCUGGUGAAAAAACAAGAAUAGGAGAUGCUACAGGAGAAAAGGGAAUAGAAGCAGCGAGAAAGAGGCAAGUAGGACAUUCUGAACAGGAACUGGAAGCCUCAUUGUUACCAAUACGAUCAAGUGACAAUGGUCAAGAAACAUUCUAUCAAGAUUCUAACAAACAAUCAUUGGACAGUUCCCACAGUUUGCAUUCAUCUCAUAGCGAACCCAGCAUGACUACAUCCCAGUCUUCUCCGACAUCCUCCUCCAAAUACUCUCGUAGUCAAUCCCUCCAGGUCAGCCGCAAAAACGACCAUUAUGACAUACUGCUGAUCUACACCAAAGAAGAUGAACGCACAUGUGCAAUCCCUUUCAGAGAAUAUGCUGCCAGUAAAGACUGGAAGGUUACCUCCACAGCUGAGCUUCCUAUCGGUCCCCUAUCACUUAAAAACUUUCGCAAAGCCAUGGAGUGUUGCUCGUACGUUGUGCUGUUAAUAUCCUCUCAUUUCAUCUCGGACAGGGCCUGUGAACGACACUACAACAUUGCCAUCCAGUAUGGAGAUAAACACCCAGAGUUCACUGAUUGUGUUCUUCCAAUCCUCUUUGAUAGUGCUGAACUUCCUCCUGAAUUAGAUGCUAUUCAGCAUGUCACAUGGGAUCAUCAUUACUUUGACAAUGUCAUGACAAAGUCAAUUGAUGUUGAGAAGCGCCUGGAGCGAGAGUUGCAGGAAGCUGCAGCAGCUACAUGCACAUCAUUAACCCAUAGCAGAGCUAUCUCAGUAGAUGCCAGCUUACCCACCACAAGUUCCUUUCAGUACCAGAUGGCCUCAACCCCACCAACCCUUCACACAGUUCCUGCAAAAAUACCAGUUCCUGGGACUGAGUCACCUCAAGGAAAUACAGCUGCACAACAGAGAGUAAAAGAACAAGAAGCAUGUUUGAUGCCUACUGAUGUUGAAUCACCAAUCUUGCCACCCAUUCCUGUUAACACAACAUCCGAUGUGGUUGCCAAGCAAGGACUUCAGCCAGGAAAUGCAGCAACCACUGGAGGUCAGGCACAACUAGCUGCCAACCAGCACACUAUAGUCCCUCAUAGGUUUGAUCAUAGCAACAUGCCACAACAUCAAUCUCUUGCCACCAUACCCUGCCAACCACAAUCAACAUUCCAGCAACCAGUGAAUGCAGCAGAAAGGCAGUAUCAACCAUUACAGCAUCCUGGACCGGUUGCUAGUAUAUCUCAGGGUGGCAGUGGUGCAGUGGCACAAGUCACCUCUCAGAUCCUGCAACCCCAACCACCACAUCAGCCACUGACCAAUCUAUAUCCUGCAGCAUACCAACCACAAUCAACCUAUCAUCAACACGUUCCUGUGCAGUAUCAACAUCCUCAUUUUCCUGAGUCAGAUGGAUCUCCACAUUCAGUCACAUCAACAUCUCCAGUUGUCCAAUCUCAACUGCAUCGUACAAUCUCCCAUCCUUCACAGGAUUAUGCCAACAUGACAGGUGAAGAUAUAUUGCGUUCACUGAUCCCAGAGUUAAAACCUGGACAAGCCGCUACCCAUAUGCUCUCAUCGACUCGAUUUGGUAAGAUAUGUGAGCUCCUGGAUGACACCGACGUCCGGGGAAAUGACUGGAGAUUCCUGGCUGAGAUCCUGGAUGUGAACUCCUCUCAAAUGAGUUUAUUGGAGAAGAAUCAGAGAGGGAAAACAAGGUUUCUUUUGGAGGUUUUCUUCUUGAAAAAUGGGAUGGAGGGGAAAUUAAAGGCACUGGAGGAGCUGUCGAAAAUUCUGAAACUGAUCGAGAGGCACGAUGCUGCUGAACAUGUAGAUAUGGAAAUCAAAGUUACCAAGUGUAGAGGAAGGUAAUGAUUCUUAACUAUUUGUAGAACACAUAAGCCCCCCCCCCUUCUCAUGAGUACCAUAGUUAAAAUUAUUUCCUGGUAAACCUUGGAUAUGUUUUUAACUUAGAAUGUCUGUGCCUGAGCAUUGCUUUUAUGUGAUUGUGAAAAGGUAGGUACUUGUCAUUUAUCUUGAAAAUGAAAGAUAUGUUUCAUUGUCUAGAGUUUGUUUACAGAGUGAUUCUGUACCUCCUGGGGGCCGUUUCAUAAAGCUGUUCGUAAGUUAAGAGCGACUUUAAGAAUGACUGGUGAACUGGUGAACCUUUC